AUGGACUCAUGGAUUGUUGUCAAUUAUUUGGAGGAUGAAUCGGUUGAAGCAGUACCAAACUUUUGGUAUCAUCAAAAUAAAUGUAUUUGGCCCAACAAAAAAAAUAUUCUUAAGCACUGUAUCGUUAAAAGAAUCCCAAUAACAGAAUUUGAUCACACAUAUUUAAAAGAUAGAAUUCUAUGUUUAGAUGUAUCAUAUGAAGAAGCAAGGAAAAAGGCUUCCAAGGCGCAAUAUGAUUCUGAAUUGUCAGGUAUUGAAGAAAUGAAAAGUUCUAGAAAAGCCAGGGAAAAAAAGACAGAAGUUACAGUUCUUCUCCAUCACCUUUGA